AGUUUCUCUGGAGCAGUAGUGGGAAGUGGGCUCGCGGCGGGCGAGGGUUUUUGUUUUGUCUCGUUCGUUUUCUCCGCACGCGAGCUGGUCUCUCCUCUCCGUGUUGGAUGCACGUGCCGACUUAAUCGCUGCAGCCUCCGAUCGGAGCCCCAGCGCGGCUGGCCCUCAUCCUCAGCCCCCCGGGGAGGGUGGUUGCUCUGGAUCUCCGACUUCACGGGGCGGGAGCGGUGUCUCUCUGGGGCUCCAGCCCGAGUGCAUAAGACACCUCGCACACCCACCCGCGCGCGCGCGCACGCCCGCACGCACGCACACCCACACCCACACCCACGCGCGGACACAGGCGGCCCCGCCGGCUCCCCGCCAGCCCGAGCAUCCCGGCCAUGGAGGUGCUGGAGAGCGGGGAGCAGGGCGUCCUGCAGUGGGACCGCAAGCUGAGCGAGCUGUCAGAGCCCGGGGACACCGACGCCCUCAUGUACCACACGCACUUCUCAGAACUUCUGGAUGAGUUUUCCCAGAAUGUGUUGGGCCAGCUCCUGAAUGACCCCUUCCUCUCAGAGAAGAGCGCGUCCAUGGAGGCAGAACCGUCCCCCACGUCACCCGCGCCUCUCAUCCAGGCCGAGCACAGCUACUCCCUGUGUGAGGAGCCCCGCGCCCAGUCGCCGUUCACCCACGGGGCCACCAGUGACAGCUUCAACGAAGAGGAGGUGGAAAGUGAGAAAUGGUACCUGUCUACGGACUUUCCUUCAACAACCAUCAAGACAGAACCACUUACAGAGGAGCCACCCCCAGGACUUGUACCUUCUGUCACUCUGACCAUCACAACCAUUUCUGCCCCUUUUGAAAAGGAGGAGCCCCCUCUGGAGAUGAAUACUGGGGUGGAUUCCUCUUGCCAGACAAUUAUUCCGAAGAUCAAGCUGGAGCCCCAUGAAGUGGACCAGUUCCUAAACUUCUCUCCUAAGGAAGCCUCGGUGGACCACCUGCACUUACCGCCAACACCGCCCAGCAGCCACAGCAGCGACUCCGAGGGCAGCCUGAGCCCCAACCCACGCCUGCAUCCUUUCGGCCUGCCUCAGACCCACAGUCCUGCUCGAGCCGUGCCCCGAGCCCCCUCUGCCCUGUCCACGUCUCCUCUCCUCACGGCUCCGCACAAGCUGCAGGGGUCUGGCCCGCUGGUCUUGACGGAGGAGGAGAACAGGACCCUGAUCGCAGAGGGUUAUCCCAUCCCGACCAAACUGCCCCUGACGAAAUCUGAGGAGAAGGCCCUCAAGAAAAUCCGGAGGAAAAUCAAGAAUAAGAUAUCUGCCCAGGAAAGUAGGAGAAAGAAGAAAGAGUACAUGGACAGCUUGGAGAAAAAAGUGGAGUCUUGUUCAACUGAGAACUUGGAGCUGCGGAAGAAGGUGGAGGUCCUGGAGAACACCAACCGGACUCUGCUGCAACAGCUCCAGAAGCUCCAGGCUCUGGUGAUGGGGAAGGUCUCUCGCACCUGCAAGUUGGCUGGCACGCAGACUGGCACCUGCCUCAUGGUCGCUGUGCUGUGCUUUGCCGUCGCCUUCGGCAGCCUCUUUCAGGGCCCCGGGCUCUACCCUCCCGCUACCAAGGCGGCGCUGCCCAUACAGCGUUCCCCGUCAGAGCCGUACACGGCCUCAGUUGUGAGAUCCAGGAACCUGCUCAUCUAUGAGGAGCACUCUCCCCUGGAGGAAGUAUCCAGCCCUACUUCGUCUGGGGAGCUUGGAGGCUGGGACCGAGGCUCCUCCCUGCUCAGGGCCUCGGGGCUGGAGUCCCUGCCGGAUGCGGAUCUUCCCCAUUUCCUGCUCUCCAAUGAGACCAGCUUGGAGAAGGCGGUGCUGUUGGAGCUGCAGCAGCACCUGGUCAGCGGCCAGCUGGAAGGGAAUGAAACCCUGAAAGUAGUAGAACUCGACAGAAGAGUGAACACCACCUUCUAAGGAGGCUGGCUCCACCCGCCCCCUUCCCAUAACCCGCCUGUACACCCCCAAACCAGCUUGGUCAUAAGCUUCUCCUCUUCACCGCUGGAUCCUGGGGAGGACACGGACCGGUGUUAGUGGCUCCACUCGGGAGGCCAGCCUGGGGUUUCCACCUAUGUGUCCCCGAGGCUCUGUGCGUAAGAGAGCCAGCACCUCUCUCUCCCUCUGUCUUACUGCCGUAGAAAUGACUUAGAGGUCAGGGUAGGACAAGCAGGCUUGUUGCCACCCAUAGUGCCAAAACACUGCCGCCUGAUUCUCCCCUGCGAAUGCGUGACCCUUGUCUUUGAAGAGGACACAACUCAUGUUCUAUCGAGACCCCAGACUCUAGCCCCAGACGGGCCCCACUGCCUGCUGGGCGGUGUGGCAAAGCACUGACUCAUGACCUCCCUUGCUCACGCUGCAGCCCCAGUGUGAGCCCCAGAAGCCCUGCUGGCGCCAGUGAGCGGCUCCAGUGCCCCCCACCAAGCUCUGCCCUCCCCUCGGAGCCUUCUCGCUGGACGGGCCCUCGCCUGCGCAGGCAGACUGGACUCCCACAGUUUUCUCAGGCCGCAAGUGCAAUGCCUGAAGCCAUCAGGCUCUCCUCCCCCAGGCCAACCUGCCCAUCACUUUGCUUGUAGGACCUCCCCCAACCUGCCUCCCCAGGGACUGUAGUUGUGCCUCCCCAGCUUCUCCUCCCCACUUGUAAAUAGUAUUUAUUAGCUUGCUGAGAACCACCCCCCCCCCACUUGACCCACCACGCUUAAAGAGAAUCCAUGCCUCCUUCCAGAUAGCAGUUUUCCUCUUGGCCUUUGGAGCCAAAGGGCCCUUUUAGGAUGGGGGUGGGAAAUCCGCGAUUUCUCCAGCUUUUGUUUUGUUUCCUUAUUUUUUUUUAAAAAAAUUGGAGGCAUGUAUCAUAAUUACUGUUUUGAGUUCCCUUUAAGCAUGUGUUCUCCCCCCCCCCCCACCCUUGCAUGAAUGCAGAAGGAAUGACUGAGCAGCACCUUCCUCUGGCCCAGUGGCUCUGUGUCCCUGUGGCUUUCUCUUUCUGGCUCCUAGGACAAAGAAGAGAAGCCCUGCCCUGACUGCGGGGUGUUCUUGACGUCACACCUGCAGCCCCUCCUCCCUUGCCCCCUCCCUUUCUGCCUCCCUUCCCCCCCCCCCACCUGCCUCCGCUAAGGGCGCUGGAGUCUGGUGACGUUCUUGGGUUCAGUUCACACCCUUACCUUUCACAGUCAGGUCUGGCUACUUUGCAGCUCGCCCAAAGAGACGUAACUAACCCCAGCCUACUUUUAUUUUUUUGUAAUGGAUUAAAAUUAAAUUUUGUAGUUUGAAAAAAAAAAAAAACCAACCCUUUCCUCUUUCAUACAAAUAAGAAAU